GCAGAGAAGCUGGUGCACCCGGUGCAGCCUUUCGCUAGGAAGGGGACGCAGGCACUACCACAGGGCGAGCAAGAACAAGAACAACAACAACAACAAACACAAGUACUUGAGAAGAAGGAGGCUGAUAUUGGAGUGGGAGAAAUACACGCAUUGAACACUGUCGACGGGGCGGCGCGGCGGAAUGUGGAGGCGAAUGCAGCACGCUGGUUGGAGUCACAGCACAAGGCAGAUGAGCAACGACAGGCGCUGUCGGCUGGCGACCGUUCACUGACGGAAGAGUUGAAGCGCGAGAGGCGCGACGCCGAGGUGGCACAACAACAGGGACAAGAAGAAAAAGUGGAAGCGCAAGAUAUACACGCAAUACAGGAAGAACAAGAAGAUUCAGAAGAGGUGACAGCACCGAAACCCGAUGUGGGGACCAACCAAAACGGUGCUGCAGCAUCAACGUCCGAGGGGACAAAGGCCAGCGACGUGCUCUACGGCAAUUGGAAGGAGCUGCGCCAGAAGGAGACGGGUAGGCUGUACUACAGGAACAUUCUGACGAAGGAGGCAGUUUGGAAGCCGCCGCCCGAGGUGCUUGAAAUGAAGCAACAGUCAGCGACACAUCCAACACAACCGGAGCAACAUCAGGGGAUGGGGGUGGUGAAGAAAGGUGCUAUCCGGGUCUCUGGCGUGUGGAAAGAGUUCAGAGACCCCAAGAGCGGGCGCCUCUAUUACGUCAACAGUGAGACAAAACAACGGACGUGGAAGGUGGAGGAGACGCCAUUUUUGAAUGAGUGA